GGCAUACCUAGUAGUACCAAACGCCAUUUCAAAUAUUUAAGAGCGUGUAUCCUUAUGCGAUAUUUUUCUAAAAAAUGUGAUGCACAAAUACCACAUUCUUUAAGAGGUACUGAAUUACGUAAACAUAUUGCUACAACAUGCAUUACGUUAAAUUUAUCUGACAAUGAAGUGGAUGAUUUGGCGAACUUUAUGGGGCAUCACGAGAAAAUUCAUAAACGCCAUUAUCGACAGUCAAUAGCAGCUGUAGAGAUAGUUCGUAUGACGAAAUUUCUUGAAGCAGCAUUAGGUGAAAAUGAGCAACAGCAAUCUAAUAAUAGUGAUUCAGAAGAGGAAGAGAUGCAAGAAACAAACAAAGAUACUUCGAGUGCAGAAUCGGAAAACGAUGCCGAAACAUGUAUGAUAAGUUCACCAUCUCCAUUUGGUAUAACAAAACGAAGACGUUGGACGGAAGAAGAACGUAAUACAAUAUUGAAAGAAUUUCAAAAAGAAAUUACCACUUCACAGCUGCCAUCUAACAAAAAAAUUUCCUGUGUAAAAGAAAAAAAUAAGUGCUUAUUUAAUCGAUCCGUUGCUCAAAUUAAAACGUGGAUCCAUAACUAUAUAUCUGGCAAAAUUAAGCGUCAUUAAAUGAAUAAAUAUUUUUUCAGAAAAUAUUUAUUUAGUCAA